CGGAUUUGUAAAGUUACCUUAAGGUCAAGUAUGUACGUAAAAUAUAUCGACUGUACUCGCGAAAAUAUUGCCAUCUACCGUGAAUAGUCGAAAUCAACUACUCGUAAAUGUUUUGACGUUUACCCCAAACGAGUAUACAAUGGCAAUAUAAAAAAAAUAGAAGGUGUAGUCAUUCUUAAAAAUGACAAUGAAUUUUGUACCGUGUGAUAACAAAACAAUCUGCAAGAUUAUUGUUUAAAUUCGAAUGCAUACUAAAAUAAAUAUGUAUGAAAAAAUAUAGAUGCAUAUAAUGUGUACGUGAUGUGAGUAAAUGUUUGUUUCCAGUUGUUGCAGAUUAUCCAAAUCGCAUCAUUCAUUAAAAAUGAUAGAGGCACCGGUAUGGAAUUCCAAGAAAGAUGAGAGCAUCUACAAGGCUGCAGGUGCUAUGCAUCUGCGAAAAUAUGGAGAGUUUUUUGAAAAUCUGAUGGAAAAAUCCUGGAGAGGCGAUUCCAUGUUGGAAUAUAUUAUAGAAGGUCCUCUGCGUCUGGUCUACAAAGCAAAGGAAAGCAUUAGCAUCCUCUCCUUGGUGGAGAUGGAAAACAAGGCAUUGUCUAAGCUGCUUGCGGCUGUGGCAGGAACAUGCAGAGAAAUCAGGCUACUGAAAGUCGAAGCUGCUGGUUUCUAUACAAAACUUUUUACUCAUGGGGAGAGAUGCGCAGAUGAUGAUUUCCCUAUCACUAAUGUGACUAAAUUAUUAUCCGAUCUACAGGAUUUGUCUAUUUUUGCUAAUCGGAUGUCAACUGUUGUACAUUUGACUACACAACAGUUGGCAAGUCUUUCUGGCGCUGUUCACGAGAUCUAUUUACCCACCUUGAUAGAAGGCUUUAUAGAUUUAUUUGUGAUAUUUAUGAUUCUCGAUGAAAUUAUUGAUGCUCAACCAACAAUAGUUGAUCAGUGGAAGAAAUAUAGAAUGCAUGUACGUUCCGUGAUGCAUAAUCCUUCACAGUUUGGCAUCGCCGAGGCAAAGCUAGAAACAUUUGAUCACCUGCUUAAGGAUUUGCAAGAGAAGCUGUUACGAAGAAAUAUGUUUCUGAAGGCAAUUGAGCAUGUGAUGGAUGUGAAUAAAGGUUUAGUUAUGAGCGAGCAAAUUGUCAGCUAUUUGAAGAACACAAUCACAGAUGUGGAAACUAAAUCCAAUGAUUAUGCAGCAUUGAAUAAAAAUUGGAUAAGAGCCAAUGUUGGCAUCGUAGUAGUGAUAAAGCUGUUUGGCGCUUGCGAUAGGAGAUUGAUCAAGAGAGUACUAGAGACAAAUAAGAGGUUCUACGCGGUUACAUUGGUGGGAAACGUGAUUUGGGUGCCCAGCAGAUUCCUCAGUAACAUUGUGCCGAAAGAGACUGGCACUGCCGCGAGUCCACAAAUAGGCGAAAAGAUUUUACAAGCAAGAACACAAAGAUUGCCAACUAUAGUGAACAAUUUGAUACAUCGAGCAACGACUUGGUGUGUGGAGAUGCAGAGUAUCCUGACAAGGACAAAUCUUCAAGUAUCGGAUAUCGGGCAGAAACGUACGCUGCUGAUGGAUUUAUUAGCUCUCUUAUCCCAGAUGCGGGAGACAGUCGCAUUCGUAACGAAUCUUCACGCUUCGUUGUCGAAACCAAUGAGUCGCAAUACAGUGCAAUUUAUCUGCAGAAUCAUAGAAUUGCAAAAGUCUCUGCAGACAACAUUUUACGCACUCGGGCCAAUCGUGGUACAAUCACAGGCGCAAGUGUUGCAGUACUUAGCUUAUUACAUAUUAGCUAUGCUAGAAACGGCGCGCAAGGGUCUCGUUCAGAAAGACAAAGGCUAUAGCAGAGAACGAUUGGACGCGCUAUCAUUGGUAGGACUUGGUAUGCGGCUGAUAAGCGGUCCGGCGAGCGCAGAUAGGCGAUUGAUAGUGCGUUGCACGCUGGCAUGUGCUAGCCAGCUGACUGACACUUUCCGUGAGGAAGAUGUGGUAAAGCUGCGGUUUCUGCUGGACAGUUACGAUGCCGUAGCUGAGCUGCAUGAACUAGUCGAUGAGCUCGGUGAUUAUUCGUUGCUGUUGCAUCAUCAGAAUAUGCUGCCCGCCUAUCUCUCUUCAGUCGUCGACGGCAAUACUGGGGUUUGUCACAUUGCUCACCUAUUUGCUGCCUUCAAUAGCGCUGUGGGCGAGCAGGAAUCGGUUGAGCUGAGGGAAAAGCAUAUCGCGGAGCUCAGAGAAAGCUUGGUAAAAAGUGUGCUGAAGCCGGCCUGCCAUGAAAUUGAAACCAGUUUACGAUUACAUGUGCACGCUCAUCUCAAACUAGAUUCCGCGAAUCCCUUCAACAUUGGCGCCAAGGACGGUGGUAGAGUAGUGCGCGUUCCGCCGCUGCCUUUAGCCGAAAACAUGGUCUGCACCAAGAGAUUCGUCGAGCAUUAUCUAGAUGAUAUGUUUUACAAUCUGACAACAGUGGCUCUGCAUGAUUGGAGAACCUACCGAAUGAUGCACACGUUGGCUAGUUAUAAGAUGGGCCUGGACACUGUGCAAGAUCAUUUGCCGACGCAGACCCUCGAGCAAGGCCUGGACGCUUUGGAAAUUAUGCGUAACAUACACGUGUUUGUUUCCAGGUAUCUGUACAACCUGAACACACAGACGUUCGUAGAGCACAGCAGUGGUAACAAGCAUCUCAAUACCAUCGGCAUCCGACACAUCGCCAAUUCGAUUCGCACUCAUGGCACCGGUAUCAUGAGCACUACGGUGAACUUUGUCUAUCAAUUCCUGCGCGUUAAGCUGCAUACAUUCUCACAGUUCCUCUUUGACGAGCACAUUAAGUCGCGACUAAUGCGCGACAUCAGGUUUAUCCGGGCACAACGAGAAGCAGGCGCUGUUCCAUAUACAUAUGAGCGAGCGGAAAAAUUUCAGAAGGGCAUCCGAAAAUUGGGGAUGACUGCGGAUGGAUUAAGUUAUCUAGAUCAGUUUCGUCAGUUGAUCACGCAGAUCGGCAAUGCGCUCGGCUACGUGCGGCUGAUCCGCUCCGGCGGUCUCCAUGCCAGCUCCAAUGCAGUAUCAUUUCUACCCGACAUUGAGAAGACAUUGCCAUUCGAAGCGCUUUGUCGCGGUCUGAAUUACAGCAUCGAAACGCAAGCAGCGGCCAGAAGACUGGAGGACGAUAUUGCCGAUCUCGUACGCAACUUCACUGAGGGUAUCCAAUAUUUUAAACUACUGGUGGACGUGUUCACGUCAGCAUUUCGCGAUGCCAAAUCUUACCAUCUGCAGCAGUUCUACGCUAUCGUGCCGCCAUUAACGCUCAGUUUCGUAGAUAAUUCUGUGUCGAAUAAAGAAAAGAUGUUCAAGAAGAACCAAACUGGCGCGGCCUUUACCGACGAUGGCUUUGCCAUGGGUAUCGCCUACAUCAACGCACUACUCGACCAGAACACAGAAUUGGACAAUUUGCAUUGGUUCAAGACAGUGGAACAACACAUUGCCCGGCAAAAGUUUGCCGCCGAAAGUAAAGACGAUCACGGCGAUGAAAAACUCCAGCAAACCAGAGCGCUUACUCUUCAACGUCUAGCUGAGAGAAAUGCCGAAUUCCAAUUAUUGUAUUAUAGUCUUUCUGGUGCUAGGGUUUUUUUCAAACAACCUGACACAUAACGCGAGACAGUUGAUAUUAUUUUGAUACUUCAAUCUUACAUUUUAUUCUUGAAUCUGAAUCGAUUUCUUGAUGUUAAGGGAGAAAUAAUUGAUAUAAAUUAUAUUCAAUUAUAAGGAGAUAUACACUUAGAACUAUUUUUUAUUCCUAAUUUUAUUCCUAAUUUUGAGUUUGAACAAAAUUUGAAGUAAAUAUAAUGCAGUCUAAUCAUCUCUUUCGAUUUUAUAUACAUAUAUAUAAAAUCAUAGAGCACAUGUUAUUGUAAAUGACUUAGAUUCUUUACAACUACUUUUAUAAAUAUUUUCUACAUUCACAAUAUUGUUACGAUAUCAGAUUCUCGUUGAAUAAAUAAUGGCUAGACUGAGCGACUAGGAUUUAUUAUGCU